CUGCUCGGAGCUCUUCAACAGUCAGUCAGACUCUCGUGUUUCCUGAAGCGCAUCAACGGAACGAAAUGGCAGAAGUAGCUCCAGCUCCGGCCCCCGCGCCGGCCAAAGCAGCCAAGAAGAAGGUGGUGUCCAAGCCGAAGAAGGCUGGUCCCAGCGUGGCUGAGCUCAUCGUCAAAGCUGUGGCCGCAUCCAAGGAGCGGAGCGGCGUGUCUGCUGCCGCCGUCAAGAAGUCUCUGACCGCCGGAGGAUACGAUGUGGAAAAGAACAACUCCCGCGUCAAGACCGCCAUCAAGAGCCUGGUGACCAAGGGGACUCUGGUCCAGACCAAGGGGAUCGGGGCGUCCGGCUCCUUCAAGAUCAGCAAGCAGGCUGUCGACAAACCGGCAAAGAAAGUUCCCGCAGCCAAGAAGCCCGCAGCCAAGAAGCCCGCAGCCAAGAAGCCCGCAGCUAAGAAACCCGCAGCGGCCAAGAAGCCCAAAGCGGCGGCAGCGAAGAAACCUGCUGCCGCAAAGAAGUCGCCGAAGAAGGCCAAGAAACCCGCAGCGGCCAAGAGCCCAAAGAAGGCCGCAAAGAGCCCCAAAAAGUCCACCAAGAGCCCCAAGAAGGUGGCGAGGAAGGCCCCCGUAGCCAAGAAGACCCCCGUCAAGAAGGCUGCCAAGCCCAAAGCCAAGAAGGCAGCACCCAAGAAGAAGUGAGCUGCAGAACAACCAACGCUCCUAUAAAAGGCUCUUUUAAGAGCCACCCACACAAUCCUUAAGAGCUUUUCCUCUAAUUGCAGAUAUUAUUCAUAUUAACAUUGUAAAUAGCUGAAGCAAAAGUUGUUUAUUUUUAAGUCAAAUUGCUCAAUCAAAUAUGAAAUGAAGACAAAUUAUACAACCAACAUGAUCAGUUUACUACAUACAUUUGUUAGGCUACUUCAAUAUAAAUGGCACUAAAGACCAUCAAUAAUAGACAUUAUUUACAUUAGCAACUUCUCUCAACAUUGGUAAAUAUUAAUUUAAUACCCUUGUUCUAGAUUUUAUAUAGACCUGAAGUAAUGGUUAAAGUCACACUUACCCACCACCAUUCAACAACAAUUAAGAGCCGUUCAUAGUACAUAAUAGUUUCAAUAAUACAAAAUAAAACAGAAACAUGACAUGGUUGGUUGAAUGAAAAUGCUCAUUGUUUAUUUAUUGUAGAUUGAUGUGCAAAAAUAGCAAUAUAUCCAUUUAAAAUGACGUCUACCAAAACGGAAGAAGUCUGAAUACUUUCUGAAGCCAGUUUAUUGAAAUCAAUAUAAAGUUGUUUGUUCCAUCUUGUUUAUCUGAAGGCCAAAGACUCGCUCAGCCAAGAGCUGCUGUUCUUCCUCCUCUGGAUGUUGAAGCCGCUUCAAAACCCUCCAGGAAGGUUACAGACUUUGUUUUAGGGUUUAGUGGAAAGGAGUCCCGUUCUUUUUUGUACUGUUAUUGUACUUUGUUGUACAAGUUAUGAUGAUAUUAAGCAGUCGUGUAUAAGCUAAAUUAAUGUAGGUUUUUUUUUAAAAAGUGGGUACAUUUUAAUACACAAUUUAUUACAUACACAUAUGUUCAUUAUAACCAUUAUCAAUGGAAUAAAACAAACACAUGUGCAGUUAUUAGUCCUAGUAAUUAAUAGUUUUCCAGUUCCACAAAGUGUUUGUCUAUAUUGAGCACAGUCUAGACAUUGGGGAUAUGUUGUCAUUUAUUGAAACUAUUUACUAUCAAAUGCAUCAGUGAAUUUCACUGAAUAAUAUAUGUUAUAUUCUUCAUUGCAUUACAGUAUAACAUUUCAAAUAUUUAUAUGAUAUUAAUAUAUAUUGAUAUUAUAUAUUUAAACAUUCAGAAGGAGGAAUUAAUCUUUAGAAGUAGUGAGUGGCUCUUAAGAGAGCCGUUGUGGUGUUGGACUCCAACAUUUUAGUGGAAAACGAUCUCAGAGCCUGGAAAAGAACAAAAAACAGGACAUUUAAUUUAUAGAGUAAUGUGAAAUAAAGAGGAGAUAUUUAAUAAACAAGAUAUGUUUAGUAUAACAAAUAUUAAUAAUGGAAUAAAUAUGCUUCAACACAUUCAGCUCAUAUCACUUAGAGUUCCACAAAGAGCCUUUCUCAGCACAUUUGAGACAUUGUAGAAAUGUCAUUUAUUGACACUCAUAUGGUUCAUGAUAAUAUAAUAACUAUCAGUCACAUCUGCAUUAUAAAGACAUGCAGCUCAGGUUAAUUGGAGACUAUGUGAGUGUGGAUGUAUGUCCGUCUCUAUCUGAGCCCUGUGAUAAACCGGCCAGGGUGUACACUGCCUUCACCCAAUGUCACCUGGGAUCGACUGCAUCGCACCCGCGACCCUAAAAGAGGAUAAGCAGUUUGGAUUAUGCAUUGAAAUGGAAAAAAAGUCCCUGCAUCAGGACCAGGACUUGUUAAAAGGUUGUUGGAUGUCCUCCAACACCUCCUCUUUUUUAUCUCACCACUAAGAUGAGCAACAUUGAUAUAGCUAUAUAAACUCUAGCUAUCUUUAUCUAUUAUAUACCGGUACCAAUACACAUGUCUGAUCACUAUAAUUUCUGAACAGUAUCACCAUCGUGAUUUUUCUAC